AAGAUAUGAGGCAUUCAUCUGCCAAUUAAAUAGUUUGUUGUCUCAGCGCACUCUUACAUUCAGCAAUUUUCUUCGUGGUCUGGAAGCCAUGUUCGGCACCAGAACCGGCUGCGCCCAUGUUUUGCUGUGCCCUUUUCCGACGUCCGGCCAUAUCAUACCCAUGCUGGACAUGGCCAGCCUAUUACUCUCCCGCGGCUUAAAGCUCACCGUGCUGGUCACCCCCACUCUCCUCCACCUGCUCGACCCAGUCAUCUCCCGCCACGCGUCCUCCGGCUCCGUCCAACCCUUGGUCCUCCCUCUCCCGUCCGUUCACCGGACUUCUAAUCUCCCUUGGCCUCUGGAAGACAUGUACGCCCUCUGCGACCUCGCCGGCCCCAUCACCGACUGGUUCCGCUCCCACCCUUCGCCGCCCGUCGCCAUAAUCUCGGAUUUCUUCCUUGGCUGGACCCACCGCCUCGCCACCGAUCUGGGCGUGCCACGUCUGGUGUUGGAAUCAAGCGGCGCUUUCGGAGAGUUGAUUUUCACUUCCAUGCUGCGCGACCUUCCAAAGGCCGAUGAUCCCCACGACGACGAAUCAUUCGUCCAUUUUCCGAAACUCCCUAAUUCCCCGAAAUGCCCCUGGUGGCAACUGCCCCAUCUGUAUCGUUUACUUAACGUGGAAGACCCAGAUUGGGAGUUCUUCCGGAACUCGUGGCUGUGUAAUUCCCAAUCUUGGGGCGCGAUUGUCAAUUCCUUCGACGAGCUGGAAGGGCCUUCUCUCAAUCAAAUGAAGAAAGAGAUGGGCCACGAUCGGGUUUGGGCCGUGGGGCCAUUGUUGCCAUCGGAUGGUGAUCGGACGGCUCCCAGUAAACGUGGCGGGACCAGCUCGGUGCCAGUCCAUGAGCUGAUAAGCUGGCUGGACUGCAAGCCGGAUGGUUCGGUGGUCUACGUGUGUUUCGGGAGCACAUGGACGCUCACUGAUGAGCAAGUUGGCUCUCUGGCCGGCGCGCUGGACAGCAGCGGCGUGGAUUUCGUUUGGGUGGUCAAGAAAGACGACGUGGUUUCCAUUCCAGAUGGGUUUGACGAACGGACAAAGGGCAGAGGGUUCAUGAUCAAUGGUUGGGCUCCGCAGGUGCAGAUACUGAGCCACCGGGCUGUUGGCGCGUUCGUGACUCACUGCGGGUGGAACUCGUUCCUGGAGGGAAUCGCUGCUAGCGUGUUGAUGCUGAGUUGGCCACUGGGUGCCGACCAGUUCACUAACACGAUGAUGCUGGUGGACCAGCUGGGCGCGGGCGUUAAGUUCUGCAAUCUGGGGAACCGGGCCGUUCCGGACUCGGCUGAGCUAGCUCGGUUACUGGCCGAGUCGGUAAACGAGAAGGGGUGGGCGGAAGAGAGAGCCCGAGUGAGGAAACUCAGGAAAUCGGCGGUGGAGGCAGUCAAAGGAGGCAGCUCAGCCAAAAACCUGAACGCGUUAGUGAAGAAGCUUAACGAGCUAGUAGCUUGAGAAGCCAUGCAUCUCUCUGCCCCAACAACCUCUUGCUAGCCGUGUUUGUCCGGAUAAAAAUUCUUCUAUCGACUUAGUUUACCGAGUAAAGUCAUGAAGUUAAUGAUUAAAAUGAAGGCAAGUAACGUUAUUUUUAAAA